AUGAACGAGCUUCGCAAUGAGCUUGGGCUGCUCCCCUCUGCGGGAUGGGCAGAGGUUCAAAGAUCCUUCAGACGAAGGGUCUUUGAACUUCACCCUGACCGCAGUGGUGGAGUAGCCGGCGCCGGGUUGGCCGAGCUAACCCGGUUGUUCAAUCUUGCAAAAGAUGAACAACCGGAGGUGCGAAGCCGGCCCGGUUUAACUCCGCAUUCAGCUGGUUGCCCUUGGGCACCACAAAAGCUGAGGGAGCGCUUUGAGUCGGCUAACACAGUCGCUCAAAGGAAGAAGGCCAGGGUCUUCUUCGCCAGAGCCUUCGUCAAGAAGGCGGCCGCUUCUACUUGCACAUGCGGUUAUUUUGAUAGCUAA